GCCGCUGCAUUUGGGAUCCAAGUGGCCGGGACACGCUACCGUUAGCUGUGUGUGUCUUGGCUGAAUCCUCAUGAGGACCUUUGUGGUCUACGUGUGCUGAGUCCUGCAACGACAGAACAGGCUGAACCGAGCGGUCUGAAAUGGGACGGUCUGACCUACAUGGGGACAUCAGCCUUUUCUCGGCCGCUCCCGUUGCCUAGCAACCUGAUGCGCUUGACAGUCAAAGGGUGGACUCAGUGCUACAGCAGAGUUGCAGCUAAAGGGACGUUUACGGCAACGAAUGAUGAGCAGGCUUAUGAGGAUGCAGCCGACCUAUUGAGACGCAGCUAUAGCUGCUGUAUCCGGGAGAACACAGCCGUGGAAACGAUGAAGUGGACCAUUAAGUGGCUGCCUCAUCCAGUUAAAAACAUUGGUGCUCACGUACCAUGCUGUGAAUGGAUGGGGUCCAGUCUACAUCCAGGACAUGGUCAAACCCUCCAUCCCAACAUCAAGCUGCUUGUUCCUCCCUCACUGAGAGCAAAACACUCGACUAGAUCACCACUCUUUGCUGUCCUGCUCCUAAAUGGUGGAAGGAGCUCUGUGAUGACAUCAGGACCACAGAGAGCCUUUACAUCUUCAGACUAAAGACACACCUCUUCAGACUAUACCUCCACUAACAAACUGUAGCACUUAAAUAAUAUGUGUUGCCGUAUAUAUACACACACACACAUUAUUUAAGUGCUACACAAACUCGUGUCAGGUAAAUGACAUGCAAUGUAUUUUUAACUUUACAGUCAUUGUUUGUUUUUUCCCACCAAAUGCUCUUUAAUACAGAGCCAUAAAAAGCCAUUAUUUACAAUAUUGUACACUGUUUAUAUUAACAUAUUUUUUCCCUUGUGACAUUGCUGCAGCCUACUGAUCGGAGAGAGGCCAGCACUGGGAGUUGUGGGAAGUGAAGUCUUGUCUCACUAUGUUGUCUUCUUUCGAAGGCAAGCUGUCGCGGAAUGAGUGUGAUAAGAAAGCAGUGAUUUGCAUUGAGGGGAACAUUGCCAGUGGGAAGACGACGUGUCUGAAGUAUUUUGAAAACACUAGCAAUAUUGAGGUCCUUACAGAGCCAGUCUCUAAAUGGAGGAAUGUCCGUGGACACAACCCUCUGGCUUUGAUGUACCAAGAUCCUGAGCGCUGGGGCAUCACACUGCAGACAUAUGUCCAACUCACCAUGCUGGAUACACACCUGGCAGCCAUGACAGCCCCUGUUAGGAUGAUUGAGAGAUCCCUCUUCAGUGCCAAGUGCAUCUUUGUGGAAAAUCUCUUCAGAAGCGGAAAAAUGCCUGAGGUGGACUAUGCUGUGCUCAGCGAGUGGUUCGAUUGGAUCACAGCAAACAUUUCCCUUCCUGUUGAUCUGAUUGUCUACCUGAGGACAUCUCCUCAGACCUGCCACGAUAGGUUAAAGCAGAGAUGCAGAGAAGAAGAGAAGGUCAUUCCAUUGGAGUAUCUGGAGUCCGUCCACGAGCUGUAUGAGGACUGGCUCAUCAAGCAGAGCUCUUCUCCUCUACCUGCUCCUGUGCUGGUGAUUCCUGCUGACCAUGACCUCCAGAAGAUGUUGCACCAGUACGAGGAAAACCGUGACAAGAUAUUAGCUGCAAGCCGUCUCUAAGCACACUCACAGGAUUCUACGUUGGAACCAGACAUCAAUUCCUCUUCUUGUUAAAUGUACUUUUGGGUCUACAGGAUGCUUCAGAAAAAUAAUAUCUGCUCAAAAUAACACAUUUGUAUAGGGACUCGGAGGGAAUUUUAUACUUAAGGGGUGAAAGUUCUUUUUAAUGAAGGUUACUUUAUUCUCUGUUUGCAUGUGUAAUCUAAUUGUUUGAUGUUAAGGAUUUUCUGCUCUUUUGUGUCGCUACAGAAUUAACUUUCCGAUGUUUUGAUCAGGGGGAAUGUGGCACUUGUUUACAAUUCCUAAAUGUAGAGUUGAUAUUAAGAUGGACCAUUGAUUAUAACCACCGCCAGGACCAUAGCAAAUACGUUCCUUUUCAUCAAGUGCACUGGUUUUCAUUACUACACAAAUGUUGUCUUUUAAGCAAAUUAAAAAUGAUUGGACACGAUGCUUUCAUCCCAAUGGUGCUGAAACUAUACAAGGAUGCCCUGGUGUCCUUUUGGAGCUGACCUGUGCGUUUUCUUAUGUUGACGUGUCAGUGACACCUGUCCAUCUGUCACUAAUGUUCACACACUGUAGUCAUAGCAACGAUUGCCCCAGGACAUUGAUAGAUGUUUGAGCCUUGAAUUACUUGAGUGAUAUAUAUGCAAUAUAUAUUGUGUGUGCACAAGUUUUAUUUAAGAUUGUAAUAUUGAAAUAUAUCCAAAAUAAUAAACCUUAAACUUCAUUAUUUUACGAAACUAACCGUG